CAAUUCGUGUGCUCUCCGGGUGUCCGAAAAAAAAGAAAAUACCGUGAAUCCCCCAAUCGAUAGGGAGUUAUAGUAUCAAUAAGCGAAACUGUGCAACGUUUGUGAUUGAAUUCAAAUACAAAUCGAUUGCAGGGCGUAUUACCUUUCAACUCUUCUCCUCCCCAAAUGGAACCCAUCGUCUUUCGCAACGGGGGAAGAUAAUUAAGCAAAGCAGAACCUAGCAGAACCUGCGAUCGGAGUUGUAACGGUGGUAAAAUGGACACCGUCUAUGGGACAAAGAAAUACUUCCAGAGUUUAUCCGGCGUGAGCGAUAUAUACAGGGCGCAGACAUGUCGGCAAAUGAGUGGAGCGGAUUAUACCUACCAGAACACAGUUGGCCGGCGGUCUCAGCUGGGGGCUUACUAUCACAUGAACAAGCAGCCCUCGUACACAAAUGAGCACAGUUUGAAUAGUCAGUAUGGAUACAAUACGUGGGGCAUCUGGCGGGAUGGGAGGAACAUUGCCCCAUCCACCUUUUCGGCCAAGACGCAUACGCAAUACCCCAAGAAUCGAUCCUUCAGCAUUAUCCUGACCACGGCUGCUUUUAUAGUCCUGCUGGCCGUCAUCUCCAUCGCAGGAUUGGCCUUCUACUUCAGCUCUAUUAAGACCAAUCUGGAGGAUCCUGUCAUGGGCUUUGAGGGUUCCUUCCGCAUUGCCAAGGGGGAUCUGUUCUCCACGGGUCUAAAGUACAACCAUACCACAACCUACAAGCAGAAAAUUGAUUUCUACAAAAGAUUCGUGGAGCGUUCCAUGAUGGACAAUGGAUUGCAACCACUGCGCACAGAUGUCUGGGGUUUCGGAGAGGGUCCACUGAUAAAGGUCUCAUUCCGGGUGUUUCUAGAUGUUCGCAAACUGCCACAAAACAUUUUGAGCGUGGAAGAGUACAUCAAGGAGUCGCUGUUCUUGGAAACCGCUGCCACCAAAUCCCUAUAUCGCUCUUUGCGUUUGGACACGGAAUCGGUGGAGAUUAAGCGCAUUAUGGAUGAGCAGGUGGUGCGAUCUGCAGCUAUAUUAAAGGAAGCCCAAACGGUGCCCACUAGUCAAACCCAAUUGGAAAAGCGUCUCAUGAAGAAGGGCAGUACACCAGCGCCAGCUGUAGUUCAUCCAAAACCCCUUGGAGGUAAUACCACGCCCAAACCGAAGAAUCCCCUGUUGCGCAGUCACUCCCCCGAUGAUGAGCCCGAUAUAGAUGUGGAAAAUGCUCCGGUCAUUCAGGGCUCCUUCGAGGGUUCCUUCGAGAUCACCAAGACGGAUGCGGACAUUGCCCGCAAGAAGACCCCGCCCACUCGCGCCUAUCAGGCCAGUAGCAGUAGUGCCCUGCCACCCAAGGCCAUUGCGGUUACCCCAUUCUCCUUGAGGGUGAAGCCCAAGAAGCCGGGUAUUGAGAAGCUGACGACGGUACUGCCCCAGCAUGUGCCCACUGGAAGUGGCACCACCAGGGCAACCACCAAGGCAACAACUACUACAACAAAGAGAACCACCACUUCUACGACGAGGAAAACAACUACUACGACUACUCCAAAGCCCACAACGACUACUACAACAACGGAGGCAACUACUACUACAACAACUUCCACAACUACCCAACCUCCACCACCACCUAGCACCACUAGAGCCACCACCACAACCACCACCACCUUUACCUAUCCCCCUGUAAGCACACCCACUCCGAAUCAAGGAGGAUCUCUGCCCAAAUUGGAUGCGAAUCUGUUUACCACCUUCCCCAUUUUGGACACCCAACCUUGGAGACCAAUGCAUCGAGAAGUACCAGAGCUUCUGCCCGGUCCACCUCCAGCUUUUCCCACCAAAACCCUGCCAGGAGGAACUACGCCCACUGUGAACCACAUACCACAGAGGAGGAUCGAUGAGUUUGAGCUGCCCUUCAUUGCCGACAAUCCCACUCCUCCGACAGCAGCUGUGGCUCCGGUGACCAUUGAUCCUUAUAGUCUGGGGUUCCUCAAUCCGGGAUUAAGAGUUCAGGAGCCAAAACCCAAUCUUGGCCAGCAGCCACAGGAUCAGGAAAUGCUUUUCUACCACAACUUUGGCAGCCCAAUCUUUAUGCCGGGCACUGAGAAUAUAGAACGCUUGGGAGGAGCCCUGGUGGAACCACAUCCUCUGCCCGUGCCCCUCAUCGAUGACGUGAUCAUUCCUCCAUUUAAACCCAUUGAUGCUACCAUGGGAACGGGGGAGAAACUGCCCUUCAAUCUGGAUGCCAGCAAUGAGAGAUUCGAGCAUUUGGGUGGAGGAGUCAUUGCCAAGAAGCCACAGGAAAAACUGGAAAAGAAGGAGCAACCAUUGAAAAAGGAACCUCUGGAACAACAAAUCAAGGAAAUAAAUCAGACUCUGCUGGAAAAGAAGGAUGUUCAGGUGAAGAAAGAUCAGAAGAAUGAGCAGCUUGAGACUACCACUAAAAAGGAGAAAGUGGAGGUCACCACCUCACCCCCAAAGAUCCCAGUUAAUAGCCCACCCAAGCCAACCAAAACACCAUCUUUACCCUCUAUGAAACCAACGGAUAACUCUGUUUUGGCCGAUACCAUAGGAGAAUUCUUCAUGGAGCUACUUAAUCUGCCUAAGGAAGAUAACGCCACCGCUAGUAAGAAACCAACAGAAGAUAAGAUAGAAUCCAGGAUAGAGCCAGAGGAGGAGGAAACCCUGGAGACCCUAAAAACCCCCAUUGCGAGCCACUCUAAGCCGAACUUUAUGAACCUCAAGGAGAUCAUUCUGCAGAGGAACACCGCUUCUUCAAUUCUCUCCAAUGAAACUUUAGAGGAGGAUUCCACAACAACCACACCAACUACAACAACCACCACCACCACCACAACGGAGGAGCCCAGAACCACCAAGAGAAAUCGCAUACGGACCACCAGUGAACGACCCACAAUGAUGGACGACUCCAACUUAUUUCCCUCGCACUCCAAGUGGGAGUUCGUGAACAGUUCAUCGGCCCAAGGAUUUGGGCAUAAUUCGAAUAUGAGGAAGGUGUUUAAUAAGACCCUGCAGGCUUGGGUCUCGGAGGACAUUGACAAGUCGGAGAAUCUGACCCUGAAUGACAUCAAGACGAGGAUCAACAAUGCCAGUAACAUUCAGGACAUCUCCCUGAUCUUUGAUACACUGGCCUCCAAGUUGGGCAUCAAUCCCAGUGUUCCCAACAAGUUCCCGCCCUUUUCGCAAAACAAACUGAAGCAUGCACCCAAAGAGGAUACCAGGAGGCCCAUGCCCACCUCCACCACCACAGAGGUGCCUUUAGUGGUCCCGGAAUCCAUCUUACCGGUGGAGAGAGAGCCCUUCAUUAAGCCCAUGUCCAGUUUUCUAGAGGAUGGCUCCUCUGAAGUCCUGGGAGCAGCUAUUCCCGUGAUUGGCGAGGCGGAAGUGGAGGUGGUGGAUCCACUCAACUACGAGGAGAUGCUCAAGAUCUCGCAGUUUGCUACCAGCAGCACGGAACCCAGUGUCCACAAGCUGGUGACACUGCUUCCAGUGAGAUCCAACUCCGGAAUUCGAACCUAUAGACCACCAGCCGAGGAUGAGGAGACGCCGAGGGGUGAGAGUGCUCCAGUGCCCGUUCCUGCUCCAGUUCCCGCUCCCGCUCCUUCUGCUGCACCCGGAAGAAUCAGCAUACGGCGCAAGAGCAACCUCAACCAGAGCCGAAGAUUCGGCCAGCCACCCGCAGAGGCGGUGGUCAAGGGCGGCAUCCAGGUGACGGUCAAGAAGUGAUUACAGAGUCGGCCAAAUAGCUUCACCUUGAGAUUAGCGGAGAAAAACGAGUUCUACUCUUUAGAACCCAAUGAUUUAGCCUAGACCACUAUAUCUAUAUGUAGCUUUAAGUAGGGAAUGUAUCUUUAAUUAGGUCGAUCGUGCAAAUAACGAAAUCUUGUUCGAAAAUUGUUUACACAUUCGGAGUGGAACAAUUUUGGAAUGACACUUCCGGUUAUACUUGGCGGUAUCUGCGACUGCCAGUCCUCAGUAUUUAAGAAAAACCACAUCACAUUGCUUAAGUAUCGAAUCUUUAGUUUGUAUACGAUCCUAGAAUUUUCGAAUAUUAUUUUUUUCAGUUCAUUGCGAUUCUUAUGUUAAUGUUAGCUUUGGAUGUAACUUAAAGAUUAAGCUUGAUCUUUGAAUAAAUGUGAAUAAUUUAUUAUUA